GGGAACCAAAAGUCUGCGGCACCAGCUUCUACUCGGCUGUAUUUUAAAGUGACACGUCCAGGAUGGCGUCCACAGAGGACCCGGUCUAUCAGAUCUUCUCUUUCCAGGACUGUAAGUCUUCUCCCGACCCGAUUUUUGAGCUCCCCGCCCAGUGUGUGACUCCGACACCGGCCCCGAUAGUGAUCGACAACGGCUCCUUCCAGACCCGGGCCGGCUGGGCGGCUCCGGGCGCGGACCUCGACUCCCCGCGGAUGCUCUUCAGGUCGGUGGCGGCGCGCAGCAGAGGCGCUGCCCGCAGCGAGACCCAGAUCGGCAACGACAUCCCGAACCUGGAGCCGCUGCGGUGGCUGCUGAAGAGCCAGUUUGACCGAAACGUGGUGGUGAACUUCGAGAUCCAGGAGCUCAUCCUCGACCAUGUGUUUACACACCUGGGCAUCAGCUCAGAGGGCAGUGUGGCACACCCCAUUGUGCUGACAGAGGCGCCCUGCAACCCGCUGCACUGUCGGCAGAUGAUGUCAGAGUUGUUGUUUGAGUGUUACCGUGUCCCGUAUGUCUCUUACGGCGUGGACAGCUUGUACAGUUUCUACCAUAAUAACACUCAGAGGAACCUCCAGCCACCACACACUGGCAUCGUUCUGUCCUCAGGAUACCACUGUUCACACAUCCUGCCUGUUAUCAACGGCAGGUUGGAUGCGGUCAACUGUAAGCGUGUAAACGUGGCUGGGAGUCAGGCAGCGUCGUACCUGCAGCGCCUCCUUCAGCUGAAAUAUCCAGGUCACCUCGCUGCCAUCACACUCAGUCGUGUGGAGGAGCUGCUGCAUGAACACAGUUACACUGCUGUGGAUUAUCAUGAAGAACUGGAAAAGUGGCGCAGCCCAGAGUUUUAUGACCGAGAGGUUCAUCGCAUGCAACUUCCCUUCUCGGGCAAGGUGCCAGGUGGCUGUGUGAGCGUGGAGGAGAGGCAGGAGAGACGAGCUCAGCAGCUCCGACGACUUCAGGAGAUCAAUGCUCGGCGCCGGGAGGAGAAGCUGCUGCAGGACCAAGAGAGGCUGGAUAGACUCAUGGCUGUACAGGAGCUGCUGGAGGACGGCCUUUUGGAUCAGUUUCAUAAGAGCCUGGUGGAGCUCAACAUGGACUCAGCCGAGGAGCUUCAGUCGUACAUCAGCAAACUGCAGCUGGCUGUGGAGCAGGGCAGACAGAAACUGCUGCACAGCGACGGAGCAGAGGGCAGGACAGAGGUGUCUGAGCUAGAGCAGCCGAUGGACGAGGGAGACGGAGUGGCGUUGAUGGAUCCUGACUUCCCUGAGGACACGCUGCCAGAAAAACCCACUAAUGUGGUGCAGCCCGUGUUCAACAUGGCGGAGUACCACCAGCUGUUCGUGGGGACGGAGCGUCUGCGGUGUCCAGAGAUCCUGUUCCAGCCCUCGCCGACUGGAGAGGACCAGAUGGGACUGAUGGAGACGCUGCAGUACGUCCUGGCCAGGUACACUCUGGAGCAGCAGGAGGCGCUGGUGAGCAAUGUGUUUCUGACAGGAGGGAACAUGCAGUACCCCGGGAUGAAAGAGAGAGUGGAGAGAGAGCUGCUGGCUAUGAGACCCUUCCAGUCACACUUCAAGGUGACAAUGGCGUCACGUCCGGCCGUGGACGCCUGGUACGGGGCACGAGACUGGGCCCUGGAGCAUCUACCUGCAGGAGAGGGAGGAGCGGCAGAGGGAUGGAUCAGCAGACAGGACUACGAGGAGAAAGGAGGCGAGUACCUGAGCGAGCACUGCGCCUCUAACGUCUUCAUUCCCAUGAAAAUCGUCAAACCAGUUCCUGCUCGCCCCACCGAGGCCUGUGUCACCACACUGACACCAACUGGAGCUUCUGCUACUGUUACCACGGUUACAUCUGCUCCAUCCUGUUUAACUGAAGCUGCUGAUGUUUCUAUGGUUACCUCCUAAACUGGGAUGCCAGAUAUCACAAAUCUUCUAAUGUUCUGUUAUCGGUCUCUUGUGACUUGUAACUUUUGGAAGGACCAUUUUGUUUUAUAUUUCCAUUACGCUCUGUGAAACCACAAGAGGCUGUUCAUAUUAUCAUCAAAUGACUAAUGAUAAAAGGUCUAGUGGGAAUAU